GCACUGGGCGCAGUUGAUGAGUGUUGGGCCAAUGGGCGCGCGGCGCUGCUGCUGAGUGGAAGUUGUCGGUUGAGCUCACAGGCUGGGGCCGGGAUCACAGGCAAAGGGGCUUCCCGAGACGUCUGAGCUGGCAGUUAGAGGGGCACAGGAUUAUGCAGCUGCCUGGCACCCCCCUGCCACCAUGUACGUGAGUUACUUAUUGGAAAAGGACGCUGCUGCCAUGUACCCUGGAUCUAUGCGCGCCCACCCGGGGCUCCAGAACUACCCCUCUGCCCCCCAGUACCCUGACUAUGCCGGAUACCAUGCAAUGGGCACAGACCAUGGGGCACCUUCCUCUGGUUCCUCGGCUGGCUGGAUCACCCCCUAUGGACCCCCAAGGGAUGAAUGGGGGGUCCAUCCGACGUACUCCCCUGGGCACUCUCACAUCAACCCCUCUCCUGUAGGGAACAUGGCCUUUAGCCCUGAAUAUUCCCCGGCGCAGGUGCAGGGACAGCCUUGUGUUGGGGUAUUACCAGCUGGGCCCCCACCACCACCCCCUCAGCUAUCGCCUGGAUCAGAGGAUGGUCACCGGCGGCAUCACUACGAAUGGCUCAGGAAACCCGUCCCCCAGGCCAGCAUUGGAACCAAGACAAGGACAAAGGACAAGUAUCGCGUUGUAUACACAGACCAGCAGCGGUUAGAGCUGGAGAAGGAAUUCCAUUACAGCAGAUAUAUCACUAUCAGGAGGAAAGCAGAGCUGGCAGUCAAUCUGGGGCUCUCAGAGAGACAGGUAAAGAUUUGGUUCCAAAACAGAAGAGCCAAAGAAAGAAAAAUCAACAAGAAAAGAAUCCAGCAGACUGGCCAAAAUGGACCAGACACUCUCAGCCCAGAACCCUCCAUUACCCACCACAUGAUACAACAUGCUACAAGUAACGUGGGGGUCUUGCCAAAUACUGUCACUCAGUGAAACCCCUACUCCUUAAUGUUUGAUCAUGAGCAGCUCUCAAGGACACUGACCGCCCCUCUCUCUGGAUCCCCAGCUGGUUGGAGAUGGACCCAGAUGUGUGGGAAGUCACUAUGAGCAAGACCCUUCUUAGCUGGUUGGACUGAUGGGGAGCACCGACAGUUAUUAUUAUAUUAUUAUAUGUAACAGACAGUACCACCUCUUCCUGGUACCCAUUGGGUCUAUAUCCCUGGGGCUGCUAACAGUAGCACACGCCUACACAGGAAUGGACUGCUAUUCAUUGGGUGUAUUCUUGGGGGUCACUGACAGCACCCCAGGACUCCUGCAUACUCAUAGACUUUUACAUAAAAAUCAUUUCUCCUAAGAGAUUGAAGGGUUUAAAAUAUGCAGUUAAUUUUAAUAUAUUUGUACAUAAAAUGGUAACAAAAAUGAUAUUUUUAUGUGAUAUUGUAUGUCUCAGGGAUUAUUUGUUUACUUACAUAUGACCGUGCAGGAUGGGUUAUUAAAGCGGUAAAGGUCGACCCUCUAUACAGUAUGGCAGCUCCACAUGUGCCAGUUAAUGGGAGCAGAUGCAACAGGGUGGGGGAAAUAUUCUGUUAAACUUUAACCAUCUUCAAAGCAGAUGAUAAUAUGUGAUGUACCCGGCAGCCUUUCACAUGCAAUAGAAUAGAGGCAAGCACUCUGACAUUUCAGUGGGGGAUUACAUCCCUUUUAUUAAAAUAUUUUAUUGUAAGAUA